AUGGGUGGUCAUAGAGUUUUUGGGUUCGGCCAGCCUUCAGGCCCCAUCGCGGAACCCGUAAACAGGAUAUUCGAAGAAUACCUCGCUCGUCUGUGGAGUACUUGCAGUUUCGCAAGUGACAGCGACCAGUGGGUUUCUCGCAAAGCCGAUACGCUUGUUCCCAAGCCAAGACUCUGGCGACCCUCGGUUUCAUUUCGGGUAUGCGGUUCAACACCCAUCGUUUAUCAGGGUUCCCCACAGUAG